UAGGCCAGCCAAUGGGAGAUGACAAUGCUCUGAUACGGGUGCAAAGCUGGCUUCCUGUUUCACCGCCACAGGAAGUUGGUGUUUGAGCCAGCAAGGUGCACGUCAACAUCCCUGCAGCGUCUCCUCCGUACAACUAGAUACCAAUUAUGGACAAAGAUUACGUUGGAUUUGCAACUCUGCCCACCCAAGUCCACAGAAAGUCCGUGAAGAAGGGGUUCGACUUCACUCUGAUGGUUGCAGGAGAAUCUGGGCUGGGAAAAUCCACUCUUGUCAAUAGCCUCUUCUUGACAGAUCUAUACAAGGACCGGAUACUUCCGGAUGCGCAAGGCAGGAUCCCCCAGACUUUGGAAAUUGUCAAGCAUGCGGUAGACAUUGAAGAAAGGGGAGUGAAAGUCAAAUUGACGGUGAUCGAUACCCCAGGAUUUGGAGAUGCAGUGGACAACACUGAGUGCUGGAAGCCAAUUGCCCACUAUAUUGAUUCCCAGUUUGAGCAGUACUUUCGAGAUGAGAGCGGCUUGGACCGCAAGAACAUUCAGGAUGGGCGUGUCCACUGCUGUCUUUAUGUCCUCUCACCCUUUGGACACGGGCUCCGCCCCCUGGACAUUGUAUUCCUCCGAGCCAUCCACGACAAAGUCAAUAUUGUGCCGGUGAUCGGAAAGGCGGACAGCUUGACUCCAACAGAGGUGAAACACAAGAAAGAGAAGAUCCGGCAGGAGCUAGAGGAAAAUGGGAUCAAUAUCUACGAGUUUCCUGACUGUGACUCGGAUGAAGACGAAGAGUUCAAAGCUCAGGAUGCGGAGAUGAAGCAAAGCAUCCCCUUUGCUGUGAUUGGAUCCAGUCAGGUGGUCAAAGAGUCGAAGGACAAAGUGUUCCGGGGACGGCAAUAUCCUUGGGGGACAGUGGAAGUGGAAAACGCUGCUCACUGCGACUUCCUCAAACUUCGGAACAUGCUGAUUCAAACCCAUAUGCAGGACUUAAAGGAUGUGACCCACGAAGUCCAUUACGAAAACUACCGCGCGCAGUGCAUUCAGAGUCUGACCAGACCUGGGGCACGAGACCGCAGCAGCCGCGCGAAACUGUCACGUCAAAGUGCCACUGAGCUGCCACUCCUGCCUCUGGCCGAGACGGAGAAAUUAAUUCGCGAGAAAGACGAGGAGCUCCGUCGGAUGCAGGAAAUGCUGCAGAAGAUGCAAGCACAGAUGCUGCAGAGCAAAGGGGAGCAGUGUGACAGCCUCUGAAAGGCAGCAGAGCUCCUUUCCCACAGUGCUUUGAGAAUCCCGGUGGAAAGACACUUAAUUCUGCUUCUAUGUGGCCAAAGCAGGGGGGCCACACUAGUAACGGAAAUGGAAGUGUUAAGUGUUGGUGGGUAUACUACCGUAUGUAUUUGAGAGAAAAAACCCCUGUGGACCUCCAGAUGUUACUGGACUACAACUCCCAACAUCCCUGAUCUUUGCCCAUGCUAGUUGAGGCUGAUGGGAGUUGGAGUCCCCACAAUAUUCAGAGGGCCACAGGCCCCCCAUCUCUGGCUUAAGAAGUUAUCACAUUGGAUAACCUGUCUAUCACACACACACAAAACUCCCUUCUUUCUCCACCCCCCCUCGCCCCCACCAUUGUCCACUGACUGUUUUAGUAUCUUUCAAUAAGACACAAUGAUUGACUGCUCAAAGGAAAUAAAAUGUAUUUUACAAGGCUGAAGACUGGCUUCCUAACAGAUCUUCCAAAUCAUUUGUAGGCAUCUACUUUCCCACAAACUAUCAAGCACAGAAUAUUUAUCUCCAAAGAAGCCUAUCACCAAACAGAUGCUCCUCUAUGGAUUCCUAUUUUCACUUCCACUUGAUCUAUUUAUUCAGGAUUACUUCUCCAGACAAAUUUAACUGUGACGGCCAAAAGUACUCAGCAACAAAAGUGCCGCACUAUUAUUUGAAACGUGGGUCAUGAGGUCACGAGGAGAGUUGCAAAACUGGGCCUCAAGGAGACAAUACUAAAACAAGUCAUUUUUUCCAGAAUAGAAAAACUGUAACUCUUAAGCUCUCAAUGUAAUGCUGUAACCAAGAACGUCAAUAUGGUUGUUGAUUGGGCGUACAACAGCGCAGCCUGAAAAAGAUAGUGUCUCUCAGGAGCUGAAGGCCAUGUGCAUAUUAAAAUGAAAACAGCCACAGGAGACUGCCAUUUUGGGCAGAGGAAGGACCCUCGUGAGGGACUACUUAACCCUCCCCGCUCCAACCAUUUCCCUGCUUAAAAGUGCUUCUCAAGCUGCUCUUACACCC